AAAAUUCACAGCUUUCUUGAUUCAUGUCCAAACUUGUUCUUUACUGGUUGACCAGGCCGUAGUUUUUGGUCUUACAUGAACAGGAAGAAAUGUGUAAGUGCAAUGAAGAGAUAACGAGGAGACAGAGUGAUAUGGAUCAGUUAUUCAUGUGGGCCAGAAGGCUACAGGGAUGUGGAGUUCAUUAUGGCAUGCGUGCGAAGUGGAGCAAGAUUGUGGUUACAGAGUGUUCAGGGGAGAAGAGGCGAAAGAAGGAUGAUCACCACCCCCUGUGCAACACUGACACUGAGCAUGACAACGGCGCUUCCAUGACCUCCCUCCGUGUCGCCAUCCGAAGCCUCCCCCUGGCCUUGGCCUCUAUGACACAAGCAGCCACCUCAGACUCUCGCUUCCAUCCUAAAUGGCGGGCAAUUGCAAUAGCGACCCUGCUGGCUCUAGUGCUCAUGUUAUACCUGCAGCGGACUGUAGUGGACAGGGACGAUUCCUCCAGAGGUUACUACCAAAACGUAGGUCACAGUCUGAAAAUGCACAGUGAUAGCAAGGGUCACGUCUUCAGAGAUGCUUAUGGACAGCCUACAUACAGAUUUUCCCGCCACCAGAAACAGGAAAAGCCUUACAAUGACACGUACCCAUUAAGUCCACCAGAAAGGACAGAGCAUGGCAUCCGCUACCGUAUUGGCGUGAUCGCAGACCUGGAUACAGCAUCACGUAGCUCUAAGGAGCAGACAUGGUUCAGCUACAUGAAAAGAGGUUACCUGACUGUUUCUGACAGUGCAGACAGACUGGAGGUGGAAUGGGACUCAAACACAGUCACCCUGGAGAGUCAUCUAGCUGAGAAAGGACGAGGUAUGGAGCUGUCUGAGCUGGUGGCUUUUAAUGGUCACCUGUACAGUGUGGAUGAUCGUACAGGUGUGGUGUACAGGAUUGAGGGCAGCCAGGCUGUUCCUUGGGUUAUAUUACCAGAUGGUGAUGGCUCAGUCUCCAAAGGUUUCAAGGCUGAGUGGUUGGCAGUGAAAGAUGAUCAUCUGUAUGUUGGCGGCCUAGGGAAGGAGUGGACUACAACCUCUGGGGAGGUUGUCAACAACAACCCAGAGUGGGUCAAAGUUGUUGGAUACCAUGGUGACGUGGAGCACCAGAACUGGGUGCCGCACUACAACGCCUUACGGAAUGCUGCAGGGAUCCAUCCACCAGGCUAUCUCAUUCAUGAAUCAGCAGCGUGGAGCGAGCGCCUGCAGAGAUGGUUCUUCCUGCCUCGCCGUGCCAGCCACGAACACUAUGAGGAGAUUGCAGAUGAGCGGCGUGCCACCAAUCUUCUCCUGUCUUGCCCUGCAGACUUCAGCUACAUAACUGUGCGCCACGUCGGUCCACUCAACCCCACCCAUGGCUUCUCCUCCUUUAAAUUUGUCCCAGACACAGACGAUCAGAUUAUUGUGGCCCUCAAAUCAGAGGAGGAUGCUGGCAGGAUUGCUACCUACAUCAUUGCAUUCACACUAGAUGGCCGUGUACUGAUGCCUGAGACAAAGAUAGGUGAUAUUAAGUACGAGGGGCUGGAGUUUAUUUGAAUAUAGUGAGAUCUAUCAUGUGGACUGUUUUCAGUUCUGAGUAUUACAUUCCAUUCAUUCUGUGUGACUGUGCAAUAAUGUCUUUUUAUCCAAAUGAGAGGAGCAAGAAAAGGUUAAAGGGAAGGAGCACAUAAUCAGCAAAGUAUAAAUGGCAUCGCUGUUCUAAGACUUGUGUGUAAUAAAUGCAACUAAUCUAUGACUGGCUACCGCACACAAGUUAAACAAAAAGAAGCUAAACAUCUUGGAUUGAUAAGACACCACUGAAAUUCCAGAGCAGUCUGUAAAAUGGUGUGUUUGCCUUCAGUCAGUUAACAAAGCUCCUCUCCUGCAGUCAAACCCUGCAGGUUAGACACUCAGGGAAACAAUGCUAAACAUAAAAAAUAGAUUUUACCUAAGCACAAAUUAAGAAAAAACAGAGGAGAAAGAACUGAAUAUCCUUAACUACUUGAAAUUAACUCAGUGCUGUUUGUUUUUUAUUGUUAAUGAACGUAUAUAGACACACCUAGGUUUUAUUUUUUUGGAUUCACUCAUUUUCACUUACUGCAUUCGCUCUGCCAGCUGCAGCUCUGGAAAAAAUUUGAGACCAUGGCACACUUUCAAACAUGAAAUCAAGUCAAGAUGAACUUGUAACUUCACCAAAUAUGGAUUCAUGAACUCUUCUCGAAUUUAAGCAUAACUGACUCAAAGUGUAAAACUUCUUGGUCUAAAAAAACUGCAUUUUUUAUUUAUUUUGAUCAGUUGUCUUAAUGUCAUUAAUGCAGUAGCUUAGAAUGGACUUGUUUUAUGAUAAUUGGCAUUCAGCAUUAACACACAUUGCCGUGAUCUACUUUGUCAGCAAGGAUACCACAUUUAUUAUCUUUUCCCUUAAAAAUCUCAAAACAAACACUGGCUGUAACAAGGGACAUUUGCAUUUUCAGUGAUGGCUGUACAACAGGAUGAAAGUAAUGAUGAGGUGCGUCAUCACACACUUAAUUUUUUCCGGAGCUGUACAUGUAAGUUUUCCUAAUAAUUUCCUGCAGAUAAGUUUUCCUGGAAAGCUCAAACAUGGAAUAUUCAGUAGUAUAUAAUAUCAGCUGACAUAUCAUCAAGUUGUCAUAUCAGAAAGCUAUUCUAUUUAAAGAUUAAUAACUAAAAUAUAUAUUUAUUUUGUAUCCUCUCUACACAAAUGAUUAAAUCUCUUGACUUGU